CCUUCGCAAAUAUUUCAGCUUCGACUCGACGUUUUGACCAUGAACGUCCUCCGCAGUGCUCUAAACUGUUCAAUUCGCCGCACACGUGGACCUGUACGACCAACGGGACUUUGCCUUCGCGUGUCUACGAAAUUCGCACUCUCCCGCCCAUUUUCAGACGAGCCUGUAAUAGCAGCGGCUGCAGCUCACGGUGAAAACCUCAAACAGAAGCCCAAAGCAUCCACACCCCUCAGACGUACUGCCUCUGCCUCGCUUCCCAUUCGUGCAAAUCCGACUCCUACUCGUAGCGCCAUCCAACCCGUCCUUACUUUCGCAACCGCAGAGCGCUACAUCCCAACCCGUUUACGCUCUCGCCUACCUCCGCACUCGCAGAAAUUGCACGACGCGUGGUGGGUUCCAAGGUGGGGUAAGGAUGGAGAGGUUUUCGUGUUUCCGAAUGGCAGUUUCGUGUGUUGGGGAACGACAGAAGAGGAAGCCCGACAGUUCGCGAAACGAGUGCUCGCGCCCUGUGAAGUAGGGUCACUUCGAGAGGCAGAAACAGAAAGCCUCGAAUUCGUAUCCGAUCCCAGCGAGAAAACGCGGAUACAAGGUGACUUGAUUAUCCUGGGCCGUGUUGCGCCCCUUCAGGAGCCGGGGAGUGCCCCUGCUCUCCAACCACCUGAUCCAGCUCUGGACACGGCGACCCUACUGGCUCGCUAUGCCUUCUCACAGGCUCUUUCGCGGUCGACGGCACUAGCAGUCCUCGAAGAAUCUCUCGAAGACUAUCUCUCCUCGGUUGCACAACUUCCUCAUGCUCUAGAGAAGACGGGAGAACCCGGACUCAGCCGGGAGGCAUUGAUCAAGAAACUCGGUGCACUUCUCAAGUUCCGUCAAGGACUAAACCUCAACCGCGAGAACUUUUCAGACAUCCCUGACCUUUACUGGGCAGAACCAGAGUUAGAAGGUUUUUUCAAAGCCAUGUCAGGAGCUUUGGAGGUCAAAAUGCGAACAAAUGCUGUCAACGAAAAGAUCACUUAUGCUACGGAGGUGCAAUCUAUUCUUCGUCAACUGCUCACUGAGUCCACAGCACAUCGGAUGGAGUUGGUCAUCAUCGCGCUAAUUGCGGUGGAAGUUGUCAUUGCACUCAUACGGGACGGUCCUGAAUUAUGGCACAUGGCCUUUGGGCAGUCUUAAGAAAAUCAUCUCAAGACAAGCGCAACGUAGCCUUUGUCAUCUUAUUCUCUUCUUCACAGUAUCAUGGAAUAUCAUCUCUCUCCUAUAGUUACUUGUGUAUCUACACCACUUAAUUAUCAUCUCCGUUAUAUCACCCUUCAG